UGUGCGCCAUUUUGAAAAAAAAAAAAAAAAAAAAAUCACAGAGAGCUCUGGCGGCUCGGAUGCCUGGUUCUUUAAUCGCUUUCCCCUGCAGCUUUAGCCCUGUUGCAAACCCAAAGUAAACUCCUAAGUACAGUUCCGCAGAACCCCAGGCGACGCCAGAUCUGCUCCCGGAGGAAGCAAUGGCAGGAGUUGGAGGAGGGAAUGAUUUCCAGUGGUGUUUCUCACAAGUGAAAGGUGCCAUAGACGAAGAUGUGGCAGAAGCUGAUAUUAUUUCAACAGUUGAAUUCAACUACUCUGGAGACCUGCUUGCAACUGGAGACAAGGGGGGUAGAGUUGUCAUAUUUCAAAGAGAACAGGAGAGUAAAAACCGUCCUCAUUCCAGAGGUGAAUACAAUGUUUACAGCACUUUCCAGAGUCAUGAACCUGAAUUUGACUAUUUGAAAAGUCUAGAAAUUGAGGAAAAAAUUAAUAAAAUUAGGUGGUUACCCCAACAAAAUGCUGCUCACUCCCUGCUGUCUACUAAUGACAAAACUAUUAAAUUGUGGAAAAUCAGUGAAAGGGACAAAAAGGCAGAGGGUUAUAACUUGAAAGAGGAAGAUGGCAGACUUAGAGAUCCCUUUAGAAUUACAUCACUACGUGUGCCUGUUUUGCAGCCCAUGGACUUGAUGGUAGAAGCAAGUCCCCGAAGAAUAUUUGCAAAUGCACACACAUAUCAUAUUAACUCGAUUUCAGUAAAUAGUGAUCAUGAAACUUACCUUUCUGCAGAUGACCUAAGAAUAAACCUCUGGCACUUAGAAAUCACAGAUCGAAGUUUUAACAUUGUAGACAUUAAGCCUGCCAACAUGGAAGAAUUGACAGAAGUCAUAACAGCAGCAGAGUGUCAUCCGAAUCAAUGCAAUGUAUUUGUCUACAGCAGUAGCAAGGGAACUAUACGACUGUGUGACAUGCGUGCAGCAGCCCUCUGUGACCGGCAUACAAAAUUUUUUGAGGAACCAGAAGAUCCAAGCAGCAGAUCAUUCUUUUCUGAAAUCAUCUCAUCAAUAUCUGAUGUAAAGUUCAGUCAUAGUGGCCGAUACAUGAUGACAAGAGACUAUCUCUCGGUCAAGGUGUGGGAUCUGAACAUGGAAAGUAGACCAGUAGAAACAUACCAGGUCCAUGAAUACCUUCGCAGCAAACUCUGUUCACUGUAUGAAAACGACUGCAUUUUUGACAAAUUUGAAUGCUGUUGGAAUGGAACUGAUAGUGCUAUUAUGACUGGCUCUUACAAUAACUUCUUCAGAAUGUUUGAUAGAAACACCAGGAGGGAUAUGACUCUUGAGGCAUCCCGAGAGAGCAGCAAACCCCGCGGCAUCUUGAAGCCACGCAAAGUGUGUACUGGUGGCAAGAGGAAGAAGGAUGAGAUAAGCGUUGACAGUCUGGACUUCAACAAGAAGAUCCUCCACACAGCCUGGCACCCUAAAGAAAAUGUCAUUGCUGUAGCUGCCACCAACAACCUGUAUAUAUUCCAGGAUAAAAUGAAUUAAAAUUGGCUUGGAAAGUCAUGAGGGCACAGUUUCGUUCUUGCAUAGUUAAGCCUAUUUGUUUAUCUAAAAGAAAAGAUCAUCUUGUCCUCCUAGUGAAGAAUUCAACGCACUCAUCUCCUUUUGUAGCUAAUGGAGAAAAGCUGGCCUAUUUCUUUGAGUCAAUGGUUUAUUUCUGCAUUCAGUGGAGGACAUAGUUAUGUGUUCUCAAAACAGGAGAGGCCCAACAGAAGCAGAAUUGAUGGACAGUACUCAGAGGUAAACAAAAUAAAUAAAUAAAAUAAUGUAUUUAUUCAAGUCUGAGCCUUUUUAUGAUUUACAGACCAAAUUAUGAAAUGCCCAAGGAAUGACAUUGUAUUGUCAAAAGUGUAGUCUCUUUACUGUAAUUAUGGGCCUUUCUAAAACUUGUUGUAUUUGAUGCCUGUUAACAUUCCUCCUUGGUUUUCCUUAUAGGCCUAGGUGUUCUACAUUUUAAGCAGUUCAGACUGGUCUCCAGUUUGGUCAGUGUACAGGUUUAUAUAUAUAUAUAUAUAUAUAUAUAUAUAUAUAUAUAUAUAUAUAUAUAUAUAUAUAUAUAUAUAUAUAUAGCUUAUAGAGAGUUAGUAACAUUUACUCACUGAUGAUCUGUAACCACACCAUCUGAUGUCAACCACUUAAUAAAAAUAACAAACUAAUGAGGUGUGAUUUUAAAAUAAAAUGUAUUACAUUCUUACAUCUAUUUUAUUUCUUUGCAUGUGUUGACAUUGUGAAUGCAAAUUUCAAUGGGGUAAAACAAUAACAAAAAAAAGUUACCCUACGCUGUCUAUUUUGGUAGCAUGUAGGAAAGUCAUAUAAUGAACUACUUGAAGCUGCAGUUGUGCCAUUAUAAGCUGAUUGUCAGUUUAAGUGUAAAUAAUAACAAUAAUUGCGUAUCCGUAGUUGUAAAUCUAGGUGGAGGCUGAAUGAGCUGUAGAAAACAAAAAAGGAAUCAGCAGCCUUAAUGCCUUCAUGUGGGUCUAUUUUAAUGAUCUGAACUGUGGAAGAUAAUAAUAUGGUCUCAAAUUUGUAAAAUGUUCUUUUGUGAACCCCAUUUCCCUUUGUUUUUACUAUAUAAUGCUGUUAAUAAGCUGGGUUAAAAAAAAAAAAAAAAAAAAAAAAAAACACUAGUGAGAUUAAUAAAGAGUAAAGGGGUGGCAAUAUUUAACUUCAUUGCAUUUAGAUUAUUAAAAUAGACUCCACCAAGUUACAAAACAAUUUAUAAGACUACCAUAACUUAAGUUAAAAGUCCAAGUUGCCACUUAAAUGUUUGACUCUGUGACAUACCUUUUGUGCAUUAUUUGUAUACAUUUUUUUUUUCUUUUUAAUAAACUGUUUUUGUUUCCUCUCCAGAACAUUGAACUGCUGCUAUUAGUGGCUCUUCAACAGGCAGUCUAUUUAAAAAUGUAAGAGUUAAGUGCUGAGUGCCUCCCUGUUCAAAGAAGUUGUGAAAGUAAUACAUUUUCAUUUAUAAAAUAGUGAUAGCCUUUAUGAUGACUAAUUUGAAAUGGAAUAUUGCUAGUAAUGAACAAUAUGUGCCCCUUAAUUGUUGCCAAUAGGGUGCCACUGUGGUUAACAUUGUGCUUUGCAAGUGCACAUUUUUAGGUUUUUAAAAUUAGUUAUUUGAGGGUACAGAUAAGUUGUCAAUAUAUUGUAUAUUGGUUGUGACACUAUUUUUUAAAUCUAAGUUCGGGAAGUUUUUGGUCAAUUAAGCAUUCUCAUUGACCUUGUUCCCUGAUUUAAUGAUGAUGCUAAACUAACAUGGUGAAAUUGUAUACACUUGUUUUUAUUAUUUUGACCAAAGUUUAAAUAAAUUUGAUUGUGUUUACCUGAA